ACUGUUAUGAACACUGUUGCAUUGUGGGACCGAUGAUUGACGCGGCGGCCAUUUUCCCGCUGGACGCUGCUUCCCAUUGUGGAUACGAAGAAGAAAAUAGAGAGAAGCGAAACAUUUCUCACGACUUGUGCUCACUUUUUCCUUAGGUGAUUUUUAGUAGCCAUGGCCCGUACCAAGCAGACUGCCCGUAAGUCCACUGGAGGCAAAGCCCCACGUAAGCAGCUGGCCACAAAGGCUGCUCGUAAGAGCGCUCCUUCCACUGGUGGUGUGAAGAAGCCCCAUCGCUACAGGCCCGGUACUGUGGCUCUGCGUGAGAUCCGUCGUUACCAGAAAUCCACUGAGCUGCUGAUUCGCAAGCUGCCUUUCCAGCGCCUGGUGAGAGAAAUCGCCCAGGACUUCAAGACUGAUCUACGUUUCCAGAGUGCAGCCAUCGGAGCUCUGCAGGAGGCCAGCGAGGCCUACCUGGUGGGUCUGUUUGAGGACACCAACCUGUGCGCCAUCCACGCCAAGCGUGUCACCAUCAUGCCCAAAGACAUCCAGCUGGCACGUCGUAUCCGCGGGGAGCGUGCUUAAAUGCUAUGUCGUCCUCAUGGUCUUUAAAAUUUUCACCUCUUCCUCCUGCCCUUCCUUCACCAGUCUGUCUCCCCGUCCCUCAGCCUCUCACCUGCCCCUGUCCUCCCUCUCUCCCUGUGUUAGUAGUGUGUAGAGGAAAACUGAUUAUAUUAUGAAUAAAUAAAGUGUAUAGUCGUGUUUUUCUUAGUGCUCUCGGCAGCAGACUUCUAGGGUACUCUCUUUUUGUGCAUGUACCAACUCUUUGGUGAUGAGAUCUCCUCAAGCUCACAUCUCCUAGUUUGCACUGUUCCUACUCUGGCUCUGAGGGGUAAAGGGUGAUUUGUGGAUAGGAUGAGGAAAAAAGAUGGAGUAGAACAAUGCAAAUUUGGGAGGGACAGACAGGAGGGGAGGAUGGGUUUUGUCUGCAGGGGGACUCUUGUCUCUUUUCUGCUGCAAGGUGCUAGAAGAACUUACCUGGUCCUCUUCUCCUGCCUCCUAUACUCUGCCAGCCUCCACACGGAAGUGUGCAGACACGAGAGAGUUACUCUCUGCUCAUGAAGGCCGAGGCUGGAAUUUCUGUCCCUGCAUGUGUCUGCAUGAGUGCUGGCUCUGAUCACCACAGCAAAUUGUAUACAAUCCAUCGGCAUCCUUAGUGAAGUUGAUUUAUGAUUACCAUAUUAAUCAUUGCUGUCAUUCGUCAUGUUAGUGUUUUUUUUUUCCUUCCAAGUAAGUCUCAUGCACGGGAUUUUUUUCACUGCAAAUUUUUUUGUGGAUGACAUGGAGAUGGGGGGAUGAAUCAGAUUAAAAUGUAUUGAGAACAGAAACAAUUAUUUUUUUCUACUGAAAUAUGAUGCUACUGACUCGUUUUGGCACCAAAGUUUAAUCCUCUUGUAGAUGCUCUUUUCCUAACUGACAAGCGUUUAACCUCACCUGUUUUUGUGGUGUUCUAAUUGGUUUCAUCUAAUUAUUUAAAGCCAAAGCUUGAGAGCUCAAGGGUGGUGUCUGAUACUUUUUUAGCAGUGGCUCGUUUUUUAAUAAAGGACCUUUUUAUAACAAAGGUUCAUCAAGGUUUGUAAUGUUCUCUAAAACCAAAAGUUCUCAAAGUGUGAUAAUAAUUUUUCUAAAAAAACAAAAUAACUGACUAAAAUCUAUUGUAAAUCAGUGUUACAUGACAAGUAAUAAUGGUCAUGUUUCCUGUAUGCGUCCCCCCUGUGCUUCUAGUUUUGUUUUUUUUCCUCCUCCGGAUCAGUUGAUCAUCUGUAUACCGUUUCUCAGGUUGACUUGUCACCCUUUUAACUUAAUUUUUAUUUUUUUGCUCAAUUUGAUUUUCUUUUUUUUUCUUUUUUUGAAAUGUUAAGGAUAAUGUUUCAAUUAAACGAUGUUUGUAAUUUCCAGAUUUGUCAUAUAAGGUGGUAAUAAAUGGAUGUUACACACA